GAAACACACACAGUCAUCUUAACAGUCCCGCCAGCUUUUUAGAAUAUCAAUAGAGCUGCAGGGCUUGGCGCACUGCAUUCCACAUGGCUCAGAACUGCUAGUUGGGAUGCUGCUGGAAACACUGAUGGCAACGGCAGCUUUCGAUUAUAGUGUGUGAACUCCGUUGAUGUGGUGCUGAAGUAGCUGUUUCAUUGUCUGUCAGCAAGGUUUUGCAAAUCCACCCUUAAAAAGAAAGGAGGCACAUUGCAGGGUACAAGAAGGGAAAAAAACAGAAUAUAAUUGGAAAGGAGGCUUAGGCUUAGUGAAGUCAUAAUUAACGAUUAAGGCUUAAGGUGCUUUAGGAGUCAUGCUACUUGCCAAUUACCCCAACAGCACUGCAGUUCAGAAUGGCUCAUUAACUCAGCAGCCUGCAGCAACUACAAGAGAGGAUAUUAAAUCUCCAGGUUCUUGUUUACAGACCUGCCCAGUUACAGGUGUUAUCCACAGGCUGUGGGUACAGCAUCUGUCCUCUAUAAAAGGUUAGGCACUUUAUUUACUCCACUAAAAGUGACUGCUGAUCACAUAGUUUUGUUCCUCAGUCUGGCUUUGUUUGUGUUUGGGAAGGCAGGUAGGGGGAGGAGCCUCAAGCUGCUGCUCCCAGGAGAGAUUAGCAUGGAGUAAAGGCGAGUGUCUGUAUUGAAGCAGGCACUUGGAAGGCACCGCAGGAGGUGCGCACCUGAAGAACAGCCUGCAGCUCUUUGGAGCCCUGGCACACGCUCCCUUCCACAGGCCGGCUGCGUCUGAGCCCGUGCACCCCGGCUGCGAGCACAGCAGACCGGCUGCUUUGAAUGCCUGCGCUCAGUGGUGGCCGCAAGCCCGGGAAGAGGGAGCACAGGAUGCAGGGCACGGCGGUGGCUUAUGCCGCGCUGAUGAUCGCGUCCAGCGUCUGCUCCGUGUGCGGCAACGUCCUGCUGCUCUCGGUGCUGCUGCUCAACCGCGGCCUGCAGACGGAGACGUGGCUGUUGACAGUGAGCUUCAGCCUGUGCGACCUGGCCCUCGGCCUCUCCACCAUCCCCUUCGCGGCCCACAACAGCCUGUUCCAGCCGGUGGGCUAUGCCAGUGCCAGUGCCCUGUGCCAGGGCAGCGCCUUCCUAUUCCUGCUGCUGCAGCUCGCCUCCGUGCACUCGCUCGCCUGGGCCACCAUCGACAAGUUUGCCGAGAUCUGUUUCGCUCUCAGCUAUGCCAGCGCCUUCACGGCCCCCAGGACCAGGGUGAUCCUGGCUGCGGUGUGGCUCUACGCCCUCCUCAACGCAGCGCUGCCUCUGCUGGGCUUCGGCAGCUACACCUACAGUGGCAGCAGGUUCCUGUGUGCACCCAGCUUCAAGCCUGCCACCACUGCCUUCAACAUGCUCUUCAUGGUGGUGGGAAUCAUCGUGCCCAUCCUGGCAAUGUGCGCCAUGUACGGAUAUAUAGUGUACGUGGCCAGGAACCAGGUACGGCGUGGAACUUUUGUUUGCAACGAGAAUCACUGUUUUUAUGUGCCUGCCAGUAACUACUUCAGGAGCUCCAUCGUCAUGGUGACGACCAUAGGUAAGCCGGGUGGAAAGCGAGGCCAGAUUACAGGGCAAGGCUGCUUUAUUGGAGCGGUUUGAUCAUUACCAAAGUGCUUUGCAUUGCUGCUUCAUGUUGAUUACCUCAGUGACAUUAUCUCUUGCCUACAAGAACAUCCACAUUCAGUCCUGACAAAUGGGGGUGUGCGUGUUGCUUUGAAAAAUGACAUUAGCAAUUCAAUAGCAAAUGUAAUGUUCCCCCUAACUCGCUGUUGCCUGUCAAAGCUGAUAAGACCCUAGAAAUAAUUAAAUGGGAAAGUUAAAUACGUUCUCCAAAAAUGGAUUGGUCCAUUCUUCUUCUAUUCUGGAAGCUUGAAAACAAAUUUAUAAGCCAGCUACCUGUGAAUACAUCUUCCAGAGACCACAGGGGAAAGCUAACAAAGGCAGGGAUAUCUCACAUGGUAACUAAUAAUACCAAGUCAGGCAGCAUUUGUGAGAGUAACAUAAUAUCCUCCCACAUCUAAUCAAAUAUGUCCUGCCUUUAAUCAUUAGCAAAUCAGAUGACUGUGCAUGCAUGUGUCUCUCUCUACAGUGUGUCUGCUGAUCUGUUGGCUUCCAUACAUCACCAUCUGCUUCUAUGAGACCUUGACUGGGAGAGAGAGUCCUCCGUCUGCCUGUGCCCUGGCCACCUGGCUGGUACUGUUCACCGCCGCACUCAACCCGUGGAUCAUCUCCAUGACCCAGACGUAAGCAACCGCGACCGUUUGCAGUCAAACACAACCAGAGAGAGGGCGGUAUACAAGGACAGAGAGAAAGAGAGAUGCCAUAGCUAAGCAGACGACAGUGCAGAGGAAACCCUGCUGUUGCUAAGCAGUCGAGGGACGAGAGAACAGGCUGAGCGAGUGUGUAUACGCGUGGGCGGGUAGGUGUUUAAUCAUGACCUUGUUUGAUUCUGGCAGGAGGUACAGAGCUGCUCUACGCAGGAGCGCGAGCAAACUCCGCCAGACGUUUGAGCGCGUGCGCCAGAGCUCCCUCCCCAAGCACGCGGCGGCGCAGGCGGCCGGCGGGACUCCUGGCCGCCCCUCCUCAGAGGCCGGUGCUGCGCCAGCACCCCACACGCACACAGAGGCCCUGCAAGAGCCGCAGAGGAGCUGAAACACGAGGCCCCUCUCACCUCUGCCCGGUGCAGGAAUGAUAUGAAGAGCAUGGGGAGACAUGCCACAGAGAUGCACGCAACAGCCGCCCAUGGCAACAGCAGGAAGCAGCCGGGCCUUGGGGGACUGACGAGAGUAAACGUGCCUCCUUUGGCUCACUCCGGAUGGAAAUGGAUUUCAGAUGUUGUGAUGAACACAUACAAGAAGCCUUUCUGGAGUGGAUCCCAUACUGAGCAUUUCCAGGAACAUGUUGCAGUCGUUUCCUUCACAAAUACAUCAAUGUGUUGUAAAAGAACACUGCAUGGCAAACUUUUCUUUCCACACUUUUUUUUUUUUUUAAAGUUAGUCAAAUACAUUUUCGGAGUUUUAUACGUCACACUAAUUGGUGCCUUGCUGACAAACAUUUUCAAAGCCAUUACUGAACGGAUUUUUUUGUAGAAUGAAGCAUUUCUGACACUUUAACUUUCAUGAGCAAACCUAGGUACGUACCAAAUGUUACCAAGAAUAAAACUAAAUCAUUACAGCAUUACUGAUGACCCAACCAGAAUGAACUGGGCAAAGAUUACAAAGAAAGAAACCAUGUGUGUGUGUGUAUACAUGCCACUUUCAAAUUAUGAAGGGUAUAAAUGAAAAAGAUACAUGCAACCUGAGACUAGAUAUAGAAUAUCCCAAAAAUAAAAUAGCGAUUGCUACCACUUCACGUUGCAGCUUUAAUCAAAUGCCUAUUUCACAAAGGAAAAGUGCCCUCUAGUGAAUUUGCUGGUUAAUAUCAUACCCAACAUCUGAAAUAUGCCAGCACUGCCUUUGAUUUGUCCCCCUCAGCAUUCCGUUUAAAGCUUUACUUAGGCAUUCCGAAAUGGCAAGCAAUCAUGGCAAGAAGCUGUCAGCAGCUCCUCAAUUUCCAGUGAGGCCGGUUAUGACACAUCACAUCAAACGCAAUGACGGAAGCCCAUGGUCUAGUGAGGCAUCUCUGAGUCAGAAGUGUUGCCCAC